CAUGCAUCUGAGCAAGCAUCUGAGUCGUCCUGACGUUUGACCAUAAGCUUUUAACACCGCCUGACUUGGAACUCAGUAUUUGCUUGGCUGCUCAAAAAUUACUUGUUGGCUUGUGAAUCGAUUUUGUUGCUUUAUCUUAUCAGUGUGCGAUACACUGUGCUGAAAAAUGAUUAGCCGAAUCACUUGAAAUUGUGUCUAUCGGCCACGCUACUGCUGCUUCGAAUUUGCUAAUUAUAUAUUGCUAGUUUUUGUCUCACAUACCUCAUUUCUGAGAGCUGUCCUGGGUACAAAUCACAUCACAGUUACGUAUGCUGGGCACCUAAUUGUAACGGAACGUUAUAUUGUAAUUCAGGGCUGCGGAGUCGGUGGAUUUUCGGCGACUCCGACUCCGACUCCGACUUUAAAAAACCAGCUCCGACUCCGACUCCGACUCCGGGCAGAAUUGUCGACUCCGACCGACUCCAACUCCCGACUCUGACUCCGCAGACCUAGCAGGGCUGCAGAGUCGACGGAUUUCCGGUGACUCCGACUCUGACUCCGGCUCGGGUUUCUAAAAUCAACUCCGACUCCGACUCCGGUCACAACUGUCGACUCCGACCGACUCCGACUCCGACUCCGACUCGACUCCGCAGCCCUGUAUUGUAUGACUACCCUUCAAAGCCAUUAUGCAUUAGCCAUGAUGCAAACGGGUAGAAGUACGGCAUUUAUGGUGAAACUGCAAUCUAAAAACAUCAAACAUAUCAGAUCUUGUUUGUCAAGUCUUGCGUCAGUGCUCAAUAAUUCCCUCUGCAAGCAACAUCAGCAUCAGCUACAGAAUGGUGGUUUGGAUCUUGAGAGGAUCAGUGGCCUUCCCAUUGUCCACCACCCUGGCUAUGUGUGCCAGCUGCCUGCUGGGCACAGCUUUCCAAUGGCAAAGUUCAACAUGAUCUUUGAUCUGUUGGUGAAAGAUGGAGUAAUUGACAGCUGCAAACAGCUGCUUACACCAGAGGCUGUGUCCCGGGAGGUGGCGUGCCUUGUCCACUCUGAGGAGUAUGUGGACAAGUUCUUCAAUGGACACACUACCAGCCAGGAGCAGAGGGUUACCGGUAUCCCGUGGUCGCCGGGCCUGGUCUCCAGGGUUCGAUAUGAAACCGGUGGGACGGUGCUGGCGGCGCGCGCGGCGCUGCAGCGUGGUCUGGCGUGCAGUACCGCCGGCGGCACGCACCACGCCUUCCCCGGCCACGGCUCGGGCUACUGUUUCCUGAACGACCUGGCGGUGGCGGCCCGACUGCUGGGCGCCGGCGAUAACCCCCGUCGGGUGCUCAUCGUAGACCUCGACGUCCACCAGGGAGACGGCACCGCGGCCAUCUUCGCCGGCGACGAGCGCGUGUUCACCUUCUCGGUGCACUGCGAGAAAAACUUUCCGCUGAGGAAGCAACGCUCAGAUCUGGAUGUCGGCCUUGACAUGCACACGGCAGACGUCGCCUAUAUGGCAGCACUGCGCAAUCAUAUGGCAGCACUGCUCGACCUCUUCCGGCCAGACUUGGUCCUUUAUGACGCCGGCGUUGACCCCCAUGUCAACGACGUGCUCGGCAAGUUGGACCUCUCCGACCAGGGUCUGUUCGACCGUGACUAUUUCGUGAUGAGCGAGACGGUCCGUCGAGGAAUUCCGUGCGCUACCGUGAUCGGUGGAGGCUACUCCCGAGACCUCUCCGAACUGGCCCGGAGGCACACGAUAGUUCAUCGCGCCGCUACUAGGGUGUACCAGGAGAGACUCGGCUCGUAAAGCCACUGGAGCAUGCUCAACUCAUCACUGCCUCGACCUACGGCCGCUGUGUACUUGGGGAGACUCAGUUAUAACCUCAUUGGACCGUGGCUCGCUGCGCCAAAAGCGCCUUGUGCUGGAAGCUAGUUAUAUGCGAAGUUCACAAAACCUGCAAUCUGAAGAUUUGGCUAUUAUAAAUUCGGUCCAAGAGGUUCUGCUAAUGUGACGUUAUCAAAGUAAUCCUAAGUGUGCUAUUCUUGCAUCAAAACUCGGCACCAAACGCUGCUAAUAUUUGGGAGCUCUAAAACUUUGAGGUCGG